AUGGUGUCUACAAUGUCUCUCUCUCCGCAGCCGAUGUAUCUGGACCCGAAGAUUGAGAAACGCAUGCUCCGCAAGCUCGACCUCACCCUAAUUCCAAUGCUGUGGUUCCUAUUCGUGGUAUCAUUCGCUGACAGGUCUAAUAUUGGAAAUGCGAGAAUACAGGGCAUGGACAAGGACCUCGACUUGACCGGCCAUCGCUACAACAUCGCAGUCAUGACUUUCACUGUUGCCUAUGUCAGUUUCGGCGUGCCGGCCAAUAUCGUCGUCAAGAUGUAUGGUAGCAGCACCCUGGCCGCUAUGAUGUUCCUCUGGGGUAUCUGCGCACUCUGUCAAGGCUUGGUGCAGACAUAUGCACAGCUUGUGAUUUGUAGAUUCUUACUGGGCGUGUUCGAGGCUGGCUUCGUCCCCGGGUGCGCCUAUCUCAUCGGCUCGUACUACACUAGAAACGAAUUUCUGAAACGAUACACCGUCUUCUUCUCUGGGGCGAUCAUUGCUGGUGCUUUCAACGGAUUCCUAUCCUACCUUCUUGCCAAGGCAGACGGCACAGCAAACCUUGCAGGUUGGAGGUGGAUCUUCCUGAUUGAAGGCGUGAUUACAUGCCUCGUAGCUCUUCCAACCUUUUUCCUGCUGCCAUCAUUUCCGGAAUCAACGGGGAUGUUCAGGGGCGAGGAGAAGGUGGUUCUACUAGAGAGGCUACGACAGGAUGGAAUCGUAGAGCCAAGACCCGCCAGCAUUAAGCCUCARGUAUUGGAAGCACUUCUUGAUUGGAAGAUAUGGCUCGCCACCAUUGCAUAUAUCGGCGUUGAAGAGAACGCAAUCUCGAUCACGGCGUUUCUUCCCUCGAUCCUGAAAGGUUUCGGCUAUACCAGAUCAGAAGCCCAGAUCCACUCCAUACCAGUCUACUGUACUGCGUUCGUAAUCACACUCGUCUGCGCAUACGUUAGCGAACGUCUCCGCCAGAGGUAUCUCUUCGCCAUGUUUGGAGCAGGGCUGAACGUGAUUGGACUUUCGAUGUUACUCUCAUCGAACUCGCUCGGUGUGAAGUACGCUGGAACCUUCUUCUUGRCUACUGGCAGCUAUGUUGCGAUGCCCAUUCUGGUGGUCUGGAAUGCCAUUAACACUCCUAGAGAUGGGUAUGCACGUGUUGUGGCCUUCGCCAUGAGCACAGCGGUGGGAAACUGCGGCGCGUUUGUAGGCGCGAACGUCUUCUUGAUACAUGAAGCGCCCAGAUACCCAACAGGUUUUGCUGUUGGAAUGGGCAUGACUUGUCUUUCAAUUGCAUCAAUGACAGCUCUCUUCAUUGGGCUGGUGAUGGGUAACUCUCGUUACAAACAGGCGCAGCAGGCUCCCGUGGAACGGUGCAUUUCAGGGAACUUGGAUCAUCAUAGAGAAGACAAUAGCCCCGAUCGUAGAUAUCAGCUUUAG